AUGACUCUCGAAGCAAUCAAGUACAAAGCUGGUCAGCUGCAAAUUCUCGAUCAGCUUCUACUUCCCGCGGAGUCAAAAUACAUUCCCAUCACCGGAGUUAAGGAUGGAUGGAGUGCGAUUCACAAGAUGCAGGUGAGAGGUGCUCCGGCCAUAGCAAUUGUUGGAUGUUUAUCGCUUGUGGUCGAAAUAUACGAUAAACAGUACGACACGAAAGAGGCUCUCAAGAAGGAAAUCGUCGAGCAUCUGGAAUACUUGGUCACGUCGCGACCGACUGCAGUCAAUCUAAAGUUGGCAGCGGAUGACCUGAAAACACUGACUGGAGAUCUGCUUACCAACGAAACAGUAUACGUUGAUGGCAUGAAGCAAGAGGCGAUUAAAUCUGUCGAACGAAUGCUGGAAAAGGAUAUAAAUGACAAUCGCGCAAUAGGUGACAAUGGUGCGAAUGUACUGCUAAAAGGAGUUGAUCGACCACUAAAUCUACUUACCCAUUGCAAUACCGGUUCACUGGCAACAGCAGGGUAUGGAACCGCUUUAGGUGUGAUAAGAAGUGUAAAUGAAAGGAAUCUUCUAGAUCAUGUUUUCUGCACCGAAACAAGACCGUAUAACCAAGGAGCGCGGCUAACCGCGUACGAGCUUGUUCACGACAAGCUUCCUGCUACUUUGAUCACUGACAGCAUGGUGGCCGCUUUGCUUAAAAGCAGGAAAAUCGAUGCCAUCAUCGUGGGAGCAGACCGCGUGGCCGCGAAUGGUGAUACAGCCAACAAAAUUGGUACCUAUCAGAUGGCCGUGGUAGCGAAACAUCACUUAGUGCCCUUUUAUGUGGCGGCCCCCUUCACCUCUAUUGAUGUCGCAAUUCAGAAUGGAUCACAGAUCAAAAUCGAAGAGCGUCCGGAACGCGAACUAACGCACAUUGGCGAGCAACGGAUCGCGGCUCCAGGGAUAGGUUGCUGGAAUCCGGCAUUUGAUGUCACUCCUGCUGAACUGAUAACGGGCAUUAUCACCGAGCGUGGUGUGUUCAAACCGUGCGAGUUGGCCGAAAAGGUCAAACCGAAAUGAAUGGACCAUUUGUUAUGAAGCAUAUAAAAAUUA